AUGGAAUUGCAAGAUCUAGUUGGGCGCCCAUUGGUGCCAUUCUUUGACAGUGAAGAAAAAGUGAAUGAUUUGCUCCAAUUUCCAGAGGGAGGAGAUAAGCGGGAGGAGAUAAAGGUUGAUGCACGCGUUUGGGAUAAGAAUCUCGGCUACUUUGUAUACCCGUCAGACCAGCAGAUGACAACGUCCACACUUGUGAAUAUUGCAGUAAAAAGUCGAGAAUCGAGGACGGACAGUGGCAGUAAACUGUUGCUCACGCCAUCCAUGAUGCUAUCAAGCGGUGUACCAGUCAACUCGUCAGCUUUCGAUGAGAGUGACAGAAGAUCUAUCACAGAUAGCGCCAGACCGCACAGCAGCUCAGUAAAGCGGGGUUUGAAGCCAAAAACAACUCGAUCCAGUACGCUUGGACGGCGACGGAAGGAAAGUGAAGGAGGAGCGGAGGACGUGUCGACAGCAAAUGCUUGGUCAAAGAAGGGGAAAAAUAAGGGAAGUAACACGAACAGCAAUGGCGCGCAAUGCAGCAAUAAUCAGCAGUCGCGUAAUGGUAAGCAAAAAGAGCAGCUGUCAGCCUCAGGCAAGUGGGCUUGGUCAGCUUUUCAGUCAUCACCUGACCCGACUGAGCUCCCACUGCCACCGUUCCUCAUUAAAACGAUCGGAUGCUUGAGCAACGGGAAUGAAUCGUUUCCUACCGUGACGUCACCAGCACUCUCACCACCGCGACCGCCUCCUACAAAGGCACCUCAGCUUGUAUUGCCAGCGGUACCACCGAUGCCGACGGCGCCUCCGGAAUUGGCAGCGCCUCCGGAAGCGACAGCGCCAGAUACGAUAUCGGUAGAGUUAUCGAUGACUCAAGAUCUUCGAAAAAUGUUGAAUAUCGGGGAUCAAGGAGAGAGUGGACACUGUUUGCCACCUUUACAAUGA